ACGGUUUUUUAAUAUUUUCUAUAAAUAUGACCAAAAUUUUUAGUGUCGUUGAAAGACAAAGGCAAUUGAUGUUGCUAGGACUAUCCGGUGAAACUGAUUUUAUAGAAUCGCACAAUGUCGGACGAAAGUGGCACGACUAUGAGUACGAGCAGAUUUGUUGGGUGCACCCUGCUCAUCCUGGCAAUAUGCCUGUUGGUCGCCACUCCGCAAUGGAUGAUAAUGUGCCUCUUUGCGUGGGAUGCCAUGGUGUACACGGUAGCCUGCUUCUUCCUGUCCUUCGCGCUCCUUGCCAUCAUCCACAUGUUUGAGCCGCUGAAGUACGCAAGGCCCUGGAACUACAUCGUGAUCGCCGUUUGCUACGAACUCCUGACACUUGGUUCUGCCAGUUUUCUAAUGGAAUGGAACCUGAUUUGCACCAUUAUCGUCUUGGCCAUGGCCCUUCUAUUCCUCGUUAUCGUGCUGCUGAUCUGUGCCCUUCUAAUCUGGAGCGGACUGUAUGCGAACCCCUUCAAAAUGGCCGUCGUUGGAGUGAUGGGUUUUGUUUUGGCAUUCUGCAUUGAAAUAAUGGAUAUCCUUGAGCACUGGUAUUUUUGGCAGGAUGUGGCUGUUGGUGUCUUUAUAUGUAGUGUGAUUAUUGUAAUCAUCUCCCACGUGUUGAUCACGUACAACAAUAUUGAAUUGCUGGUCAGAGAUGAUGCUCUCCUCGUCGCACUCGUGCUGUACAUCGCCUACUUGCUUUUCUUGGUAAGCGGUAGAGUUUCACUCUUUUACAUUCGAGAAAACGCUUAUUAUUUUGCCACGACUACUCCUAUGACCUAUGACGCAGAAGAAGACGAUGAAGAACAUAAGAGGAAAUAAAGUUUAUGGAUCAAACCAACUUUCAUGUUGAUAAUUAUCCUAAAAGACUUUGAAAAAUAAAUUUGUAGUUUUUUGAA